AAAAAAAAAAAAAAGUUCCCAAGUUCUUCAACUUGAUUGUUGAGUAAUGUAUGUUCCUGCUCCUGCGGUUAACAACAUCACCGUAUGCCGAUGAUGUCGUUAAUGUCCGCACCGAUGCGUAGAACGAGAAAAAAAUGAAUUUCGGCGUUCCAGCAAACUCCCUCUUGUUGUUCCGUGCUUGCGAUGAAGGCGACUAUGAGAGUGCAAAGAGCAUUCUCGAGCCUGCUGGGAACGACUCGGGGAGACAGUCCAAAACACGCCUGGAUUCUGUGUCGGAGUGCAGUGUGGACAUCGCGCGCGGAGGAUUGCCGCUUGUCCCCGUCGAUUGCACCGAUGAAGAAGGAAACACUGCGCUACACUUCGCGGCAGCGAGCGGGCACGAGCACUUAGUUCGCUUCUUACUGAGAAAAGGGGCGUCUGUGGAUAGCCGGAAUAAUUAUGGCUGGACGCCACUAAUGCAAGCAGCGAGGUUUGGCCAUUUGAACGUGUCUCACAUCUUGCUUGAGAAUGGGGCAGAGAUCAAUGGCAGGAAUCGCAUGGGAGCUAGUGUACUCAGUAUGGCAGCCCGUGGAGGCCAUACACAUGUUGCCAAACUCCUCCUUGAGCAUGGAGCAUUUGUGGAUGACUUUGACCACCUUUCUGCAGCUGAAAGAAAUUCUAACGGGAACAACAGUAACCACAAUGAUAAUGGGAAGAACUUUUUGGAUAUCACGUCUUUAUUGGUUAGUGCUCAGCAGGGUCAUGAGGCUAUGGUCAGACUGCUUUUGGAGUGGGGAGCCGACGUGAACUUUUCACAGAAGACCACGGGUUGGAGUGCACUAAUGUUAGCCACAUUGAGUGGAAAGGCUAGUAUAGCUCAGCAGCUAGUAGAGAGGGGUGCUGAUCCUGAUCAUCUUAAUGUUCUAUCCAAAACAGCUUUUGAAGUGGCACUGCAUCUUAAGCAAAAAGAGGUGAAAAGUUAUCUGGAUUCCAUCACCACAGUUCGUCCACAACCAGAUGAUGAGAAGAAAAGGCCUGAUGUUUUCAGUGCUCUAAAGUUAGGAAAUGCUCAACUGGUAAAAGAGAUACUAGAGGAGGAUCCGUCUCAGGUGAACAUGGCUAAUGCAGAUGGAGCAUCACCUUUGAUGAUUGCAGCUGUGAGCGGACUGUUGGAAGUUGUGCAGCUUCUGGUUGAGAGGAAUGCAGACAUAGACAAACAGGAUGGGGUCCAUGGCUGGACAGCUCUUAUGCAGGCAACAUAUCAUGGGAAUAAGGAUGUGGUGAAAUAUCUGCUGAGUCAGGGAGCUGAUGUAAACCUAAGAGCCAAGAAUGGAUACACAGCCUUUGACUUAGUCAUGCUAUUAAACGACCCAGACACUGAAUUAGUGAGACUGUUGGCUGCUGUGUGUAUGAUGGUAGAUAAAGACAAGAGUAGGCACAGAGACAAGAUCUCCACCAAGAAACACCUGUCUCCCAGUGUACUUGUACCACCAGAUGAUAAAGGAGGCCUGAAGUCCUGGUGGAACCGUAUGUCCAAUCGCUUUCGUAGACUCAAGCUAACACACACACUAAGGCAUGGGCUCGCUCCCAAUCGCUUAGCUCCAUUCCAUGAUAACCCAGGGGUUCUGCUGGAUGCUACCAUGAAGGCAGAGAACAGAACAGACACAAACAGCUCUGAACCAAGUGGUGCAAUGGUUUCUCCUGCUGGAGCUCCUAGGGAUGACCUCACCAUUGCAUGGACUGAUAAGAGCAAAGACAGUGGUCUUGGCAGAAACAGCAGUGACAAAGAUGACUUUCUCAUUACCACAAUGCUGAGAAAUGGUGCACCUCUGACUCGCUUGCCCAAUGACAAGCUUAAAGCCGUUAUCCCACCCUUCCUGCCUCCAUCCAACUUUGAGCCAUGGAACUCAGACCGCUCACGGGUUUUGAAAGAGGGAGGCAAGACAAGUGAGCAGUCUCGUCUGACUAUGCCUCAGAGACCAAGCAAAGCCAACUUCAACACCAGUGGAAACUCUGAUAUUACAUCCAUAAGUCGAGUAGUGAGCAGAUCUAUGAAGUUUUCCAGUAUCAGUAAGGUCCCAUCCUCCUCCCCUUCCAACUCGGGCAACUAUAACUCACCUCACUCAUCAGGGGGUUCCAAUGGAGUAGGAGGGGUCAACCGCCAUACAUCAGACUUGCAUAACCGUUCAGGAGGCAGUGCAUCAGACAGCGUACUGUCUCAAAUUGCUGCCCAAAGGAAGAGGGCCGCAGGCCUGCUUGAUAUCAAACCACCAACCCAUGAGGCAUCAACCUCUACACCCCUGCCCACCGUGCCUGACAUUAGCCUGCCUAGCAUUCAGAGCAACCCGAGCCUGGUGACAAGUGACUUGCACUCCAGAUGGAAGGUUGAUCUAAAGAAGAGGCCACAGUCUGGGAAUUCCUCCACAUCUAAGAGUACAUCCCCUACCCUGACUCCAUCGCCAUCCCCAACUCCGAAACCUCUCAUUGGUGAAACCCUAUCUUCUGCUUCCUCCCAGCCAUGUUCUAAAAGUAGUGGUGGAUCCAGCAGUGGCACCAUCACUGACGAAGAUGAGCUUUCAGGUAUACUAAGAAAACUUUCCCUGGAGAAAUAUCAGCCCAUCUUUGAAGAACAGGAGGUAGACAUGGAGGCCUUUUUGACUUUGACUGACAGAGAUCUGCAGGAGCUGGGGAUUAAAACAGAUGGGCCCAGACAACAGAUUCUGGCAGCCAUUUCUGAACUUAAUGCUGGAAAGGGAAGAGAAAGACAGAUACUGCAGGAAACGAUCCACAAUUUCCAGUCGUCUUUUGGGAGUAGUGCAAGUAACCAGCACCCUGCAGUUUGGGCAAGACAUCAGCUGCAUACCCUUAACAAAAGGUAACACAUUUGGCCAGAUGAGGGAUGGGAGAAUGGUGCCUUCUCACAGUGCUAGUUCUGGAACUUCUAUUUAGUGUUCUAACUUUUGAUGGAUCUGCCCACCUCCAAGACAAAGUACAUCCUCAUUCCAAGACUGAUUGCGUCAUCGUACCCAAAGCAAAUGAGAAUCCGCAAAGGACCUCACACAUUAUUCUACAUAAGCGGUCACAUCUUAGAAUAAUACAUACAAGCACUGACACCCUUGUAUACAAGGGUAUACAAUACUAGACUGUUUAUGAUAAUGUCUAGGUUAUUUCUUUUGUUUUUGUCUUUGGUUUGUAUUUUUAUUAUCUGAUGUGUGUAUUUUGCCAUCCAAUUCAGGUUCUUUAAUCAUUGGUUCUGUGAACAGCUAAGUUGGGGCAUGAUGACAGAUAACAUAUCUAAGAUGACAUGUGCUGUACACCGAUCAGCCAUAACAUUAAAACCACCUGCCUAAUAUUGUGUAUGUUGAGUCAUGAACUCCACCAGACCUAUGAAAGUGUGAUGUGCUAUCUGGCACCAAGAUGUUAGCACCCAAUCCUUUAAGUCCUGUAAGUUGCAAGGGGGGGGCCUCCAUGAAUUGGACUUUUUUGUCCAGCACUUCCCACAGAUGCUCCAUCAGAUUGAGAUCUGGGGAAUUUGGAGGCCAAGUCAGCACCUUGAAUUCUUUAUCAUGUUCCUGAAACCGUUCCUGAACACUUUUUGCAUUGUCGCAGGGUGCGUUAUCCUGCUGAAAGAGACCACUGAAUUUAAGGAAUACCAUUGCCAUGAAGUGGUGUACUUAGUCUGCAACAAUGUUUUGGUAGGUGGUACGUGUCAAAGUAACAUCCACAUGAAUGCUAGGACCCAAGGUUUCCCACCUGAACAUUGCCCAGAGCAUCAGACUGUGUCCACCGGCUUGCCUUUUUCCACAUAGUGCAUCCUGGUGCCACCUCUUCCCUAGAUAAAUGAUGCACACGCACCUGGCCAUCUACAUGAUGUAAAAAAAACAUGAUUCAUCAGACCAGACCACAUUCUUCCAUUGUUCCAUGGUCCAGUUCUGAUGCUCACAUGCCCGACAUGCACUUUUGGUGGUGGACAGGGGUCAGCAUGGGCAUUCUGAUGGGUCUGCGGCUGUGCAGCCCCAUAUGCAACAAGCUGCUAUGUACUGUGUUCUGACACCGUUCUAUCAUAGCCAGCAUUAACUUUUUCAGCAGUUUGUGCUAUAGUAGCUCUUCUGUGAGAUCAGACCAGACAGGCUAGCCUCCGCUCCCCAUGAGCCUUGGGCGAGCAUGACCCUGUUGCUGGUUCACUGUCUUACCUUGAGACCACUUUUGGUAGGUACUAACCACUGCAUACCGGUAACACCCCACAAGACCUGCCGUUUUGGAGAUGCUAGCCAUCACAAUUUGGCCCUAGUCAGAGUCACUCCAAUCCUUACACUUGCCCAUGUUUCCUGCUUCCAACACGUCAAUUUCAAGAACUGACUGCUCACUUGCUGACUAAUAUAUCAAACCCCUUGACAGCUGCCACUGUAACGAGAUAAUCAGUGUCAUUCACGUCACCUGUCAGUGGUUUUAAUGUUAUGGCUGAUUGGUGUAUACUUACAUUACUUUGAUUAAAAUUGAUGGAUAAUGUCAGCUAGCUAGCAAACAGUUGCUCAGUCAGUCAUGACUCAAAGCUCUAAAGUCUUUUCCUGAUAAUGGCAAAAACCAGUUUCCCAUUUUAUAUAUUAAUUACUAACUCUGUACUUACCCCUUUGAACUGGCCAAUGCUCUGUUUAAGUUGCAUUUUAGGUAAUGAAUCAUGGCCACACAUUUACAUUAACACGGGUGGGUGAGAGGCAGACCCACUGCCAAAAAAAGCUUCAAAAAUGCACAGUGGGAGUCAAUCUCCAUGGAUGGACCCAAUGUUAACAGGAGGUUCCUAGUCCUUCUUCAGCAGGAACAGACAAAACAAUUUGGUGGAAUUUACGAGCAGGGUUUCUGCUUAGAGAGAACAGACACCCCCCCCCCCCCCCUUUUUUUUUUUUUUUUAAACUGCUGUUGUAUUAAAUAUUAGCACGGCUGUCAUUCAGCUGUAGGCAUGAGGCCAUACUGUAGGUAAUCACAGCCAUAUAACAGCACAGUUGCGAGAGUGAUAUUGCCUUUAUAUAACAGUUCUAUAAAGAAGAAAAUAGUAUUGAGUAACUGACAUUUCAGACACAAUAUAGCCAAAUAUUUUAUUUAUUUUUGCUCUAACAACAAAAAUAGUUCCCAAAGACGCAACAGCUGGAUAGAGCAUUGCCUUGCCAAUGUACCAGUGCUGUUAUACUCAAUAUCCACACUCUUGGAAUGUUGCUUGUCCAAUCAGAUUAGUGGAACAGAACUAACUGUUAUAUAAAGGAAUAUGGCGAUUUCUACAGAUGCUGUACUUUUUGUAUUAUUUCUUGCUGUAAAAUAAGAGAAAUAAAAAAACAUUUUCCUGACUGUU